GUUCCAUGGGAAAUACCCCCGAGGCGAGAGAAAUGGCACCCAAACUCGUUCCCGUUGUUGUGGCACUUGCGGGGGAUCCGAAUUGGCGUAUUCGUGAAGUCGUUAUAUCACAGGUUCCGUUUCUCAUCACCUCGUUAGGCAAAAACGCAGAAGAUGUGGUGGAGCUCUGUGUGCAGCACCUUGUCGACCGUGUGGCGACUAUUCGCGAAGCGGCGGUGCGAUCCUGCUGUACGCUGGUGGCGGAGAAUGGGACGGCAUGGUCACGAGCAUCGCUUUUCCCUCGGCUUAGUUCUAUGGCGUCCACAAACAACUAUCUUCACCGCGUUGCACUCGCACACUUUUAUGCAUCACUGGCGAGUAUCCAAAGCCUGGACUGCGGCACCGCCUCACAACACAUUCUUCCCAUAUUGCGUCUAUUUGCUCAAGACAGUGUGCCGAAUGUGCGUCUUAACUGUGCCAAGGCACUUUUGGCGCUGAAAAAGGGCAGACGACUGUUAGAUAGUGACACUGAGCCGCUUAUAAGUCGGUUGCGAAAAGACGCGGAUGUUGACGUACGGUUUGUCGCAUCAGAAGACUGA